AUGCUUUACAAGGCUGUCACUAAGGUGGACCAGAAGCUGGCCGCAGCAGGCGUCCCUCUCUAUCAUGUUAAUACCCUCGCGGACGUUUUCUAUCACAUCAAGUACAUGUACGUGGGCAACUCUGUGCAGGAGAAGGUGCGCCCUCUUCUGUCACUUUUGAGACCACGUCUCCAUGGUGCGCUGAAGUUCAUCCUGCCCCCACUGCCUUCCGGGCUCUCCGAGCACCCCUGUAAUCCUGUACAAGAGCAGCAGCAACAGUCAGGCACCCCCGCCCAGCCUGUUUUUGAAGGUCGUGUCUACAGGGCUGCUACCAAACCACCAAUAGGCUUGGAGGACUUCUAA